AUGGCCGAGACAGACGCACAGGAUGACAAGCAAUGUUGGAUUUGUUUCGAUACAGAAGCGGAAGAUGUACAACGUGAGAUCGAGAACGAUCCCCGUGACUAUGGCAACGUGAGCCGAGAAACGCUGAAGCUGUACUGCACUUGGGUUUCUCCCUGUAAGUGCUCAGGGGCCUCGAAGUGGGUACACCAGGGAUGUAUUCAGAGAUGGAUUGAUGAGAAGCAGAAG